AUGAAAAGUCCGAGGCAUACCUUACUUGGUAAAGCAAGAUUUUUAAACAAAAUCUUUUCCAAAAAUAUCAAUGAUGAUUCAAAAGAUAGAGCUGUCACUCGUCGACAAUUAUCAACAUUAUCAACAUUAUCACCCACAAAAUUUCCUCCAGAAGUUGAAGACGAAGGUUUUUACACAGUUGAAGACUCAACUACUAAAAUAGUGUCUCGUGCAUGGAAAUAUAUAUCUCAAGAUAACGAACUUUGGCGUAGUAUGUAUAUGGCAAACAAAGGUUGGAAGGCAUCCAUACCGCGAGAAGCAACACUUGCAGGUGAAGUCGCUUGGAAAGAUUUGUACAGAAACAGACAUGUUCUCGCUAUGCGAUGGAAAAAAGGCGAAUGUGAAAAGACAUAUCUUAACGGUCAUGGAGACAGCGUAUACUGUAUACAAUUUGAUGAACAUAAAAUUGUUACAGGGUCGCGUGAUAAAACCAUUAAAUUCUGGGACAUUAAAACUGGUGAAUGUUUUCAAACAUUAUUUGGUCACGAAUUAUCUGUCUUGUGCUUACAAUAUAAUGAUAAGAUUAUGGUUUCGGGUUCUAGUGAUAAGACUAUUAUUAUUUGGGAUAUGCAAAAGGUUGGUAUGCAAAAAAUUAACCAUCCAGUAACCCAAUUACGACGUCUCACAGGUCAUACUGCAGGCGUUUUGGACAUUUGUUUUGAUGAUUUUUAUAUCGUUUCUUGUUCAAAAGAUAGUACAAUUAAAGUUUGGGAUAUAAAUACAGGUGCAUGUCUUCGUACUUUAACGGGUCACCGCGGUCCUGUUAAUGCUGUUCAACUUCAUGGUAAUAGAAUUAUAUCAGCAUCAGGUGAUGCUUUAAUUAAACUUUGGAAUUUAGAGAGUGGGGAAUUCCUUAAAGAUUUUAUUGGCCAUACAAGAGGUUUGGCCUGUGUUCAAUUUGACGGUAAAUGGGUAGUUUCGGGUUCUAAUGACAAAACCAUUAAAAUCUGGGACGUCGAAACUGCUCAAUGCGUCCGUACGUUAGAAGGACACACUGAUUUAGUUAGAACAUUACAUUUCGACGAAGACAAAAUUGUUAGUGGAAGUUAUGAUCAGACCGUUAAGGUUUGGGAAUUAAAAACCGGAAAGCAAUUAUUAGACUUUAAAGAAGGUCAUACAAGUUGG